AAUGGCGGGUGCUUCGAAGGAAGAGCAGCUUGUUCGAAGUGUUUAUGCCGCGUUACAGGCUGCGUCUUGUCCCUUGGUGGAGGGUCUGUACCUGCAGGAGGCGGACAGCAUGCUGCAGCUGCUGUGUUCUCCCUCUCAGCACCGCACAGACAUACUGGCAUGGAUCUGCAGCAGUAUCAACCCAAACUUUGCUAAUUCCAAGGCGAUGUCGAUGAGAUCCAAGAGCCCAGAUGUUCUGACUAAAGAAAUGGCAGUGCUGGGGCAGGAGUUGAUGCUGUGUAAAGCUGAUGACCUGGACCUGAUCAGGGGUGAUGCGAAUCCUCAGCGGCAGCUUCAGUUCCUGGAGCAGCUUUUGUCUGUAGUUCCUGGCUGUGAGAAGUCCGCGGGGCUCCGAGUGGAUCCAGAGAUGCUGCUGAACGAACUGUACGCUGCUGAGAACCUGCCGCACUUCACACACAUGCUCAAACCCGCGCUCGACCCCUGGCCUGCUCACAUCAAGGCUUUACGAAAGGGCACUAAGGCAUCCUCUAAGCCGAGCAGAGAAGACGCAGCUGAUGUUGUCAGCGCUCUGCAGCGGACUCAGUCAGCACUGGAGCAGCUGCAGUCACAGUGCGAAUUCCUGAGCAGUGAGCUACAGAGUCCUGGCGUCUUCUCUCCGAGCUCACUGCGUGUGGCGGCCUGUGACCUCCAGCAGCUGAUGGCUACUUUCAGCCACGUUUAUGAAACAGACCUGAGAGCGUACUGCAGCAGAGAUCCCCCCAGCUUCAGCACGGAGACCGACAUCUUCCAGAGGAUACACCAACUCCUGCUAGCCUUCACCAUGGAGCUGGAAAUGCUGAAGGAAGUAUCUGAAGCUUCUGUAUCCAUGAAUGAGGAUGUAAACCACCUCCAAACAAAGCCUCGCUACCAGAGCCGAGGAGAGAAGCACAAUUUACCCGACCAAUUGGAGGAACUCACAAGGCGAUUUAAAGAUUUUUCCUCCCUGCUUCAUCCCUGACACUUUAAGCCACACACACACACACACACACACACACACACACACACA